AAUUGCCAUCACUGUAGAAGAAGCCUGUUAAAGCAUAAAAAAAAUAAUAAUAAAAUAGCUGUAAUUUUAGAGAAAUAAAACAAAAACAUGAUAGAAAAUGAAGCAGAAUAUUUAAAAACACAAUUGACAGUAGCACGUAAUGAAAUUAAUAAAUUACGACAUCAAGUACGAAGUCUGCAGCAUAAACAACGCAAGGAUAUCGACAGCAUAGACCGUUUGUUGAAAAAUUAUCGCUGUGAAGGUUGUCGUCAAUUGGAAAACAAUCAUAAUCAAAAUGAUGCAAACAUCAGUAGUCCCACAUCCACGACCUUGACCAUCAGAAACCCAGCAGACACAACAGAUGUAAUAUCAAUGACACCAGAAACAACAACAUCAUCAUCAUUAGCGGCAGAGAAUUCACAUAAGGAUACUUUUCGUCCCAUUGGCAUUAUACGUACAUGUUUCCCCGAAAAACGAGCCGUACCCAGACAAUCCAGUGUAGGCGGACGUUUGCGUGGGGUUAUUGAAUUAAAUAGUGAUUUAUUUACAAAUCCCGAACAUGCUCUUGAUGGUUUGGAUGAGUAUUCACACAUGUGGGUGAUAUAUCAUUUUCAUAAGAAUACUUCUCAUCCGAAAGCUAAGGUAGCACCGCCUCGUUUGGGUGGAGAACGUGUGGGUGUAUUUGCUACACGUUCACCACAUCGCCCGUGUCCAAUUGGUCUUUCACUGGUGGAGAUUGAAAGAAUCGAAUCGUCAUUCAUAAGUUUUUAUGGCACUGAUAUGGUAGAUGGUACACCAGUUUUAGAUAUUAAACCAUUCAUACCAUUUUAUGAUUCACCGAUAACUAUGGAAACAGGUCGCUCAUCAACUGGUCCUUGUGAGCCUUCAUCGGAUUUUUAUAAUUUUCGCCAGGAACCCGAUGGUGAAGAAUCUGAAUUGGAAUUAAUGGGUGCCACAUCUUUAGUUCAAACCCCAAUAAACUUUACCCCCCAUUCCACGCCACCACCACAAGCUGUUAAAGUACCCGCAUGGGUACAAGCGCCUCAUCGUUUAACGGUGGCAUUCAAUGAACGAGCCGAAACCCAAUUACAAACAUUAAAUGUACAUAAGCAGUGUAUCAUAGACAUUCUAGAGGCCGAUCCACGUUCGGUUUAUUUGCGUACAAAAUACAAUUCACAAAUUUUUACAUUUCAAUUAAGCGAAGUAACUGUAACCUGUAAAUUUGAUGACAAAAACUCAAUGGUAACAGUUCUACAAAUACGACCAACUGAACAUUUGCAAGAUGUCAACAAUGAGAUGCUAUCACCACAUUCGUGUGGUGAAGGCAACGAAUAGUGAACAAUGAUUGAAAAUCAAAAUCACAAUCAGAGAAUGUGAUAUUUGUUUAAGAGUUUCGUUUAGCGAAACAACAAAUUAUCAGAUAAGCUUAAAAUUAAAUAAAAAAAGGAAAGUUUUGCAGUUGAUUAAGUUAUAUUUACUUGCAUUUAUUAUAAAUCAAACUUUCUCUCAGACAUAUUUUUUGUUGCAAUUAAGAUACUAAGUUUGUUCUAAACAAAUAUAUGCUAAAAUAAAAUAUUAAUUAAAUACAACUGA